AUGAUCGUAAGACUAGUCAGAAAAUCACCACUCCUGCGCUCCAAAAUUCUGAAAAUCUCACCGAAAUGGAAUCACUUCUCUACCAAAGUGGAAUACAAACCAAUCAGAAGCGUACUGGUAGCGAACAGAGGAGAAAUUGCUGUGAGAGUAUUUCGUGCAUGUAACGAACUCGGAAUCAAAUCAGUAGCAAUUUAUUCAAAAGAAGACAGAGCACAUAUUCACAGACUGAAAGCCGACGAGUCAUACCUAGUGGGCGAGGGUUUACCACCAGUACAAGCAUACCUGAACAUCCCGGAAAUCAUAAAAAUAUGCAAAGACAACGGGAUAGACGCAGUGCAUCCCGGUUAUGGGUUCCUAUCAGAAAGAUCAGACUUUGCCCAGGCAGUCAUAGAUGCAGGGCUCAGAUUUAUUGGACCUUCACCCGAGGUCGUUCGGAAGAUGGGUGAUAAAGUGGCAGCUAGAGAGGCAGCUAUCGCCGCAGGAGUUCCUAUAGUACCAGGCACAGAUGGGCCGAUAACUACAAAAGAAGAAGCCAAAGAAUUUUGCGUGAAACAUGGAUUACCAGUGAUAUUUAAGGCCGCAUACGGUGGAGGAGGUAGAGGUAUGAGAGUGGUUAGAAACAUGGACGAAGUCGAGGAAAAUUUCCAAAGAGCCUCAUCUGAAGCUUUGAGUGCUUUCGGAAACGGUGCUAUGUUCAUUGAGAAAUUCAUCGAAAGACCCAGGCACAUUGAAGUCCAGUUACUUGGUGACAAGGCCGGCAACGUUGUCCACUUGUACGAAAGAGAUUGCUCUGUACAGCGUCGUCAUCAAAAAGUAGUCGAAAUGGCCCCGGCACCUCACUUACCCGUCAAAGUCAGAGACCAAAUGACGGAUCUAGCUGUGAAACUAGCAAGACACGUCGAUUACGAAAACGCCGGAACAGUAGAGUUCCUUUGCGAUGAAAAAGGAAACUUCUACUUCAUCGAAGUGAACGCCAGGCUGCAAGUAGAGCACACCGUCACCGAGGAGAUCACCGGUAUCGAUUUGGUGCAAUCUCAGAUUAGGGUCGCUGAAGGAAUGACUUUGCCAGAAUUGGGCAUUGUACAGGAUAAGAUUAAGCCGCUGGGAUUCGCCAUUCAAUGUCGUGUGACCACCGAAGAUCCAGCUAAAAACUUCCAACCAGACACCGGGAGGAUUGAGGUGUUCCGUUCUGGAGAGGGUAUGGGUAUCCGUCUAGACGGAGCUUCAGCUUUUGCGGGCGCCAUCAUUUCACCAUAUUACGAUUCUCUUCUUGUCAAGGUGAUAUCCCACUCUAAAGACCUGCAAUCCGCCUGUGCCAAGAUGAACAGAGCCCUGAGGGAGUUCCGAGUUCGUGGUGUGAAGACCAACAUUCCUUUCCUGCUGAACGUGCUGGAGAACCAAAAAUUCCUCAACGGUUCUGUAGAUACCUACUUCAUCGAUGAGAACCCGCAGCUGUUUAAUUUCCAACCCACCAAGAACCGAGCUCAGAAGCUGCUCAAUUAUCUAGCUCAGGUUCUGGUGAAUGGACCCCAAACACCGUUGGCCACUCCGCUGAAGCCGGCUGACACGAAGCCCCAUGUACCAGAAGUAUCAUUAGAGUACCUCGCCAAGUCUCCGGAACAGGAUCCAAACGUCCAACCUCCGAAAGGAUUCCGUCAAAUCUACAAAGAACAAGGUCCAGAAGCCUUCGCAAAAGCCGUCCGCAACCACAAAGGUCUAUUGUUGAUGGACACUACCUUCAGAGAUGCCCAUCAAUCACUGUUGGCGACCAGAGUCAGAACUCAUGAUUUGCUCAAAAUUUCGCCUUUCGUCACUCAUACAUUCAGUCAGCUGUAUUCUAUGGAGAACUGGGGUGGUGCUACUUUCGAUGUGGCACUGAGGUUUUUGCACGAAUGUCCAUGGGAACGACUUGAAGAGAUGCGAAAACUUAUUCCAAACAUUCCAUUCCAAAUGUUGUUGAGAGGUGCUAACGCUGUUGGGUACACGAAUUAUCCUGAUAACGUUGUCUUUAAAUUUUGCGAAUUAGCUGUACAAACAGGUAUGGAUGUCUUCCGUGUGUUCGAUUCCUUGAACUACCUGCCAAAUCUAAUAGUUGGUAUGGAGGCUGCCGGUAAAGCUGGAGGAAUCGUAGAAGCUGCCAUUUCGUACUCGGGCGAUGUCAGUAACCCCAACAAGAAGAAGUAUGAUCUGAACUACUAUCUGAAAAUAGCUGAUGAGCUUGUUAAAGCUGGUACUCACGUUUUGGCCAUCAAAGAUAUGGCUGGCUUACUAAAACCCAUGGCAGCAAGGAUGUUAAUAGGCGCUCUUCGUGAAAAAUAUCCCGAUCUUCCAAUUCACAUCCACACUCACGACACCAGUGGAAAUGGCGUAGCUUCAAUGUUGGCUUGCGCUGAAGCUGGAGCUGAUGUGGUUGAUGUAGCUGUCGAUUCUAUGUCAGGAUUGACCAGUCAACCCAGUAUGGGUGCUGUCGUCGCUAGUUUACACGGUUCACCACUUGAUACUGGCUUCAAACUAAAUGAAAUCUCAGAGUAUUCAGCAUAUUGGGAACAAACCAGGACCCUGUAUGCACCAUUCGAAUGUACCACGACGAUGAAGAGCGGAAACGCUGACGUAUACACAAAUGAAAUUCCUGGAGGACAGUACACCAACUUACAGUUCCAGGCUUAUUCGCUAGGUCUGGGAGACUUCUUCGAGGAUGUUAAGAAGGCCUAUGCUGAAGCCAAUCAAUUGCUCGGAGACAUAAUCAAAGUAACACCUUCGUCGAAGGUGGUAGGAGAUUUAGCUCAAUUCAUGGUACAGAACAAACUGAAACCCCAAGAUGUCUUGGAUAGGGCUGAGGAGUUAUCAUUCCCCAAAUCGGUUGUAGAGUUCCUGCAAGGUCAUAUUGGCCAGCCUUACGGUGGCUUCCCUGAGCCUCUUAGGUCAAAGGUGUUGAGAGACAUGCCGCGUAUCGAAGGAAGGCCAGGCGAGAGCCUUCCUCCACUCGACUUUAACAAAUUGAAGACGGACCUGACUGAAACAUUCCCGAAUAGUACUGACCGCGACGUGAUGUCCGCUGCUCUCUAUCCUCAAGUAACGAACGAAUAUCUGGCAUUCAACGAGAAGUACGGACCUGUGGACAAGUUGGACACUAGGAUCUUCCUCGUUGGACCUAAAGUAGGCGAAGAAUUCGAAUGUACAAUUGAAAAAGGUAAAACACUGGGUAUUAAGACGUUAGCCGUUGCUGAGGACCUGACAGAAAAUGGCGAAAGAGAGGUAUUCUUCGAAUUGAACGGUACGCUACGAUCAGUACUGAUUCUGGACAAAGAUGCUGGCAAAGAAAUGCAGAUCCAUCCUAAGGCUGACAAAACAAACAAGAAACAGGUUGGUGCUCCUAUGCCUGGUACAGUGAUUGACAUCAGAGUCAAACCGGGUGACAAGGUCGAAAAGGGAACGCCACUGGUUAUCCUAUCAGCCAUGAAAAUGGAGACUGUAGUACAGAGUCCCGUCGCAGGUGUUAUCAAAACUAUUGAUGCUACGCUGAACAUGAAGUUGGAUGCUGAAGACUUGAUAGUCACUAUGGAAUAAUAAUAUAGAAUUUUGAUAAGGGGAGGAUCAAACUUGAAUCGUUAAUAGGUAACUGGAUCGCCGAGUCGAUGUUAAAAGUCGAAAGUUAGAAAAAUCUACGUUCGUUCAAUUUUAAAUAAAAAAGAUCAAAAAUCUGUUAAGCUGAAAGGUAUGACCAAAACAUUGGUCAUUCGAUUGAUUCCGUCUGAACAAUACAAGUAAAACACGUCCAUAAUCACGAAAUUCUUCUUAAAACAUGAUGACACUUGAACCACCACCACCACCACCACCACCACCAAUUUUGCCGCAACCCUAUGUAUUGAAAGAGGCGUGCUAGUCUUGUAUAUUCCUAAAGUCCUUAAGGUGCACAACUGAAGAGCAAAGACAUUUUUUUCAAAACUGUCAGUCUCACAAUUUGUCAAAGUUUAAACAUAAUUUGAUUGUAAACAGCAAAAUUGCCGAACUAUUGUUGUUUUUUAAAUAAUAAAAUAGUGUGGACCCUGAGGAAUAAAUCAAAUAAUCAUUUGUAUAAAUUACCUUAUUCAAUAGUAGAUUUUAUUCGUGGAUAAGAACUAUCAAAACAUAAAUUUAACUGGCAUGGAGUACAAGAAAUAAGAGACACGUUUGAGCAAUCACAAGACUUUUCAACUCAUCAAAGGAAAAACACUUCAUUUACAUUUUAGGAAAGAACUAUUUCGUUAGAAAGUUUCGAUGCAAACCAUGCGUAUUUAAUCAUUUUCUGAAAAAUUGGUGCAGGUAACUAAUGAUGAACUAACACUGAAUGAAUGAGACUUCGCCUUUUUAUGCAGCCAAAUAUGAACAGUUCUUGAUUUUUUAAUAAGGUUUUUGAUUUGCCUGUAAAAGUAAACAUAGUACGGUUGACAAAUUUUUACAGCACAUAUGCAUUUUUAAACUCGGACAAGUGGUGAGAACGACACUUUUAAGAGAAAUAUCAUUCUUAUUUUUAACAUGUGUACUUGAAGACUGUUUGGACCACACUAAAUUACCAAUUUACAAAAUUUCUAAAACGGAUUUUCCUAAUUUCUAAAAUGUAUGAGAUCACAUGAUCUCGUUUUCGGCUGUAGUUGAAAAUACCUACAUAUACCUCGAAAUCAAAACUACCAAAAAUUAUGUUAUGUACAUUUUUAAAUUUUAUACACACUUAAGUAUACAGGUAUUUCACUUAAUUGCGUAUUUGUAUAUUUAGGAACAAAUCUUCCAUGUUAGCUCUAUUGGCCACUCCACUUCUGGCUGUGUCCCUAAUGAAAAAUUUGGGAGCAAGCCGAUCAAUUUUAACUUUAUUAUUUUUAUUUGUUUCAUUUUGUAAAUAUGGAUUUUUUAUUUUUUGCUGUUAUGUUAUGAACCAAUUUUGAAUUUGUUACGUAUAUUUUUACAUGUAAUAUAUUUUUAUAUAUACAACAA